GCCAGAGCCUCAGCCUAUUUUUCCAUCCUCGCCUUAACUUUAAUAAACGAUGGAUAUGGAUGCUGACUACACGGCCCCUGGAGGGAGCAGUUUCCGCGAUGUAACAAGCGUUUUCGCUUUGGCUUCACAAGAGAUGGAUCCAGGUUCAAUAGUGGCUAUCGACGCAUUCUCUUUAAGCGAUGCAAUGACCGCAACAGAGAUAGGUGAACCCCGGUUGGACACUGGAAUACAAUUGGAGAACACCGAACGGCCGCAGUUUGACCCAUUGACUCCCUUAUUACCAGAAGAAAUAUGCUGGAUAAUAGACCGAUCUAUGGCCUACGAAACAGAAUGGCACGCAUCUAAUCCGCUAGCCCAUACAGUAUUUACCUUGCUUUAUGUCCAUUGUCUGAACGACGUGGACCCGGAUGUUCUUCCAUUUCUUCCAAUGAUUGACUUGGAUUCAUCUCGACCUCUGGAACUCAUCACAGUCAUAUUACGGGCUUACACUUCUGGCCUCCUCAAAUCGUGCAGUCUAGCAUGGAAUGAACUGUCCAAGGGAUCCUUAUUAGAUACUGAAGACUGGCAGAGCGACAAGAGCGAUGUGUCACUCUUAGAAGGCUGGCCUGUAAGAGCUGCCAUUGCUCGUUUAGAUACUGCGCUGGCUUGGUUAUCCACAACUACUAAAGUGCCACCAUCAUGGCAAGAAGCCCUCAAAAUAAGAGUCCAGUUCCGUCGGACUAUACUCCUGUUACUGAACUCAACCGAAUCUCUCCCUCGAGGUCCUGAAGACUUCAAUGAGCUUCUCCAAUCUGCGAGACAUUCACUGUCUGUCAUCCGCGCUCAUCCCUGUGAAUCGAUCUCGUCCUCUUCACCAGCCCAUGCAGCGUUCGAUCCAUACAUUGCUCGCCAACUUAACACCUUUCUACCCGUCCGGGUCAUUGACGUGCCCAGUCUAGAACAAACUUGCGACGCUUACGAGCGCCUUCUGAAUGGAUGGGAGGAUCUUGCUAAGCUGUCAAAUACAUAUCAGCUAUCCACAUGGAAUCAAGUUGGAUUCCAUCAAUCGUGGUUUGGUGCUCCUGCUGCUCAACCUGCUUACAUUCGAUCUUGCGCUCAGACCUUAUUCUACGACGGGAUCCAAAUUAUACACAAUCAACCCCAGAGCUGGCUCGUUGACCGUCUUUUCGAAGAGACAAUCGGAGUAUCAUACCAUGUCUUUGCACAACAUUGGGGUGGACAGGGAUCUGCAUCGUUACUUGACCUAGAAAGAAAAAUAAUUCAUACUAUAAUACCUCAUGUACGAGGGCUAUGGAACAAUCCGGCUCGUCGAAGACGUUUCUUGGUUAAAUCGAUAUAUGAUUGGCAUAUCAUCUAUGACACCCUCUGUGUUCUCAUCGAAGGUUUAGAUGUUUCUGACGACAUCGACCCAGUAACAUUUCGUACCCUAAACCAAUUUUCUCAAGCUGUCGUCCCUUGGCGUCUCGCCUCAAUAACAGAGGUAAUUCUAUCGGGAUUUCAGUUAGAGCUGUAUCAUCCCUUGGAGCGUCCUUUUGCGUAUUGGUUCGCUGCGCAGGUCACUGAUGUUCAUCUUAAUUACCUGGAUGUGCUGUUGAAAGGGAUGGCGGGGGUAGUUCCACAAGGUGAGUCAAUCGUGCGUCUUCUAUUGAUAUGGGUUGUAUCAACGUACACCUAUUCUAUAGAAAGUCCAAGUCGUAAAGAGAUGCAAUUUCAACAGCAUUUCCUUGUUGCGUUACAGGCCAUGAGUAUGGCAAUGUUCGUGGUAUGAAUUGUAUAUUUUAUCCCUUUUCCAUCACUGAUCCCCCUUUUCCCCUCCACGUUGACUUACUUGCGUUCCUUACAGUCCCUCAUCCGUAGC